AUGGCCAUAAAAGCCUAUCGUGACAUUGAGCCCGGCGAAGAGAUUACCGUCUCCUACCUCCUCUUGGGCAUCCCAUUCCAGAAACGCCAGUCUCUGAUAAAACGCUGGGGGUUCAAAUGCACAUGCAGCCUGUGUAGCCUCCCCACUGACGAACGCCAAGCCUCCGAUCUUCGCCGCACAAUGAUCGCGCAAGCCGAGGAGAAGAUUAUGGAGCUGGCGAAGGCCUACAAACUCGAUGAAGCUAUAGCUCUCGCGGAGGAGUCCGUUGAACUGAUCAAAGACGAAGGAGUCUGGUCGAUGUUGACCGAUGAGUAUGCCAUGUUAGCUAUGCUGUGGUUGGAGAAGGGCGAUAGGGAAAAGGCGGAAGCGUAUGGUGAGAAGACGCAUAGGCUGUUGUCUGAUCUGGGAUUCUUGGGUAUUGGAGAAGAUAGGGAGGCGUGGAAAUUGGAGACGCUGUUGAAGAACAUCGGAGGUUUAGGAGGGAUGGGUCAGCUUUGGAAGAAGGGCCCUUUGAGAGGGUAA